GACACUCCAGGACUCACUCCGUCGAGAAGCCGUUUUCCUGUUCGGAAUGCGGCAAAUGUUUCAAAUGGAGGGCCCACAUGGCCAUACAUCAGAGGACUCACACAGGGGAGAAGCCUUUCCCUUGUCCCGAAUGUGGGAGAUGUUUUGCGGAAAGGGCGACUUUGGCCAACCACCAAAGAAUCCACUCUGGAGAGAAGCCGUUUUCCUGUUCCAAGUGUGGGAAAUGUUUCUCGCAGAGGUCCAAUCUCAUUACGCAUGAAAGAGUUCACACUGGCGAAAAGCCGUUCUUGUGCGCGGAAUGUGGCCGAGGUUUUACAUCCCGAACUAAACUUGUUAUACAUCAGAGGACCCACACAGCUGUGAAGCCUUAUUGCUGUCCGGACUGUGGCAAGUGUUUCUCCCUUAGAGGAAAUCUUAUCUUCCAUCAAAAGACUCAUAAGGUAGAGAGGCCUUUCUCAUGCUCCCAAUGCGGGAAACGUUUUGUGGAAGCCACAACUCUCGCCAAACAUCAGAGAAGUCACUCUGGGGAGAAGCCCUAUUCCUGUCCCGACUGUGGAAGGCACUUUAUCCGAAGGGAACACCUUCUCUCGCAUCAGAGGACUCACACGGGCGAGAAGCCGUAUUCUUGUCCCCAGUGCGGGAAGUGUUUUGCGGAAAGGUCGACCCUGGCCAACCAUCAGAGGAUCCACUUAGAGGAGAAGCCCUUUUCCUGCUCCGACUGCGGGAAAGGGUUUAUCCGGAGAGGCCAUCUUAUUUCACACCUGAGGACUCACACAGGGGAGAAACCUUUUUCGUGUUCUAAGUGCGGGAAGUGUUUUGCAGAAAGGUCGACCCUUGCCAAUCACCAACGAACCCACUUAGGGGAGAAACCCUACUCGUGUUCCGAAUGUGGCCGCUGCUUUGCCAGGAAGGAUAACCUCAUCGCACAUCAGAGAACCCACACAGGGAGCACCCACCUGGGGGAGAAGCCAUAUUCCUGUUCCAUAUGCGGGAAAUGUUUUGCCGAACAAUCGACUCUGGCCAACCAUCAAAAGACUCAUUCACAAGAGAAGCCCUACUCAUGUUCUGAAUGCGGCAAAAGCUUCAUCCGGAGAGACCAUCUUAUUUCGCAUCAGCGCACACACACGGGUGAGAAGCCAUAUUCGUGUUCCGAAUGUGGAAAAAGUUUUGCUGAACGGUCCACCUUAGCCAACCACCUGAGAACCCAUUUAGGGCAGAAGCCGUUUUCUUGCUCUGAAUGCGGCCGAUGUUUUGCCCGUAAGGACAACCUCAUUUCCCACCAGAAGACCCACACAGGGGAGAAGCCCUUUGCAUGUCCCGACUGCGGUAAAUGUUUUGCCGAAAGGUCGACCCUCGCAAAUCACCAGCGGAUCCACUCAGGGGAGAAGCCCUUUUCCUGUCCGAAGUGUGGGAAAUGCUUCUCGCAGAAGUCGAAUCUUAUCAAACACAGGAAGGUUCAUAUGGGGGAGAAUCAUGUUCAGGACACAACAAAUGUUUUCCUCUGAAAUUAUUUCAUGCUAUACGUGAUAA